AUGGCAGCACCAGGCGGCAAAUUCUACAUCCAAGACCAACUAAAAAGCAUCGCGCCACACCACGAAAGCUUCAAGCAGCUCUGGGAGACGAAAUGGAAGAAACCCGCAGAAAUGGGCGUCUACCCCUUCAUGUUCAGCACAGCCGCAGACUUCGAGCCCAUCGUCGCAGACCUAAUAGCCGGCGACUUCAAAGAGCCAUACGACUGGGACGCAUACGCGCGCGUCUACUUCCCACAAGCGGAGAAGCUCGCCCGCAUCGCGCAGGAAGCCGAGCGGCACGGCGAGCGCGAAAAAGCGUCCGAGUACUAUCUGCGCUCCAGCGCCGUGUACAGGAUAGCGCGGUUCCCGGCCCCGCGCAGCGCGGUGCAGAGGGAAGCCUGGACGCGCGGGAAAGAAGUGUGUAUCAAGGGGCUGGGGAUGCGCGAACAUCCCGUCCACGAAGUGGUGAUUCCGCACACGCACCGGCUGCCCGACGAAGGGAGCGACAUCCCCGUAUACCACCUCGUGCCCGCGGGGGCCAGCGCGUCGUCCCCCGUGCCGCUGCUCGUCAUCUUCACGGGGCUGGACGGGUACCGCACCGAGCUGGCGGUGUGGAUGGAGGGCUGGCGCCAGGUCGGCGUUGCUACGCUGGUCAUGGAGAUACCCGGGACGGGCGACUGUCCCGCUGCAGCCAGCGAUCCCACGUCCCCCGACCGUCUGUACAGUAGCGUGUUUGACUGGGUUGCGCGGCAAUCUGGCAUCGACGCCGACCGUGUCGCUAUCUGGGCGUUCAGCACAGGCGGGUACUACGCUAUUCGCGCGGCGCACACACAUGCGGAGAAACUGGCUGGCGUCGUUGCCCUGGGCGGCGGCUGCCAUCACAUGUUUGCGCGCGAGUGGCUCGACGCGGUCAACACGCUAGAGUACCCAUUCGACCUCGCCGACACGCUGGCGUAUAAGUUCGGGUACGGGGCCGACGUGGAAGCCUUCAAGGCGGAGGGGAUGCGGAAAUUCUCUCUCCUGGAGGACGGAACGCUAGAUCGGCCGCGGUGUGCGCGGCUGCUGCUUGUCAAUGGGACGGAGGACCAGAUCUUCCCCGUUGACGACUAUUAUGUUGCGCUUGAGCAUGGGGCGCCCAAGGAGGCGCGGUUUGUUAAGGGGGUGAGGCAUAUGGGCGAGCCGCAGAGCUUUUUUACGAUUAUUCCGUGGUUGUAUCAGCUGUUUGGGGUGAAGGGGGAUGUGGGGAGGCAGAUGGCGACGCUGCCUUUUAAGCCCAAGUAUUGA